AUAAAUUCAGGACUGGAAAAAACGAUUUGGAAGUCCAAAGCGACGAAGAACCCAAAUCCUUCCCUAUUUCUGCGCCUGCAACACACUCCGAAGGCUAUUUCUGCCACCGCAAAGAGUCUUGUAGCAAAUAUUUCUAUCAAAUCACGUAUGCGUUUUCAGCAGGAAGAUGGUUAUAUAGUCGAAGGAAUGCGGGGAGAAAGAGGGGGACAACCAUUAAUCAUGCAUUCUGUACGUUGCUUACUAGCUAUAGUCACAGUUGUUGCAAUGCAAGCCAUUGGGGCUGCUGCAGUGGUAGUGCCGGGUACCAAUUGCUACGCGAUUGAUAAUUCUAGCCGUCUUGUUGAUUUUAGUAGCUGGAUUGGACAUGCUUUUGAGUAUGAUGGGAAGGACUCUGACUUGGUAGUCAGAUUUUGCAAAGAUGUGGAGAGUAGAUCACAACUGGGCUAUGUAGAUUUUGGCCGCUUUGAUAAAUUCAACUACUUUGUUACUGGCGCUAGACCUGUUGAUUUUGUUCAGGGGUUUUACAAUGGUGACCUGAUGAAUUGUGAGCAGAGUUAUGACAAAAGAGGACGUACAGCUCAGGUAAACAUUAUAUGCGGAAGUUGCAUAAGUGGUCAGUGCAAAGGUGAACUUGGAUGCAUAUGCAACGUGACUUAUGAGUCCACUUGCAGAGCGUCUGUUGAACUUGCCAUCCCAUGUGAGAAACCUGGUCCUCGGAUAUUUGAGGGCUUCACAGUUGGAUACCAUCCUCGAUCAUGGGAAAUUGUUUACAAUGGCAUGACUCAGUUGGGUUAUGAGAAGCCUCGCCAUCAAUACAGCUUUAUGACGGAACAAACUCAUGUUGUGCUUUAUAUGACUGCAAUCACUUCCCUUUCUACUUUAGUACGCAAGCCUACCAUUAAGGUUUUUCCAGAAAAUGGGCUGGAGGUGAAAUUAUCAGGCACAGGGGCAACUGGGACUCCUCCAACAACUUUGUCUCCUUCAAUGUUGAUUGUAGAUUGGAGAUGCGACAGAGCCCGUGAGAUGCCAUAUGAACUUAAUAUCACCAUCCCGAUUGAGGGUUAUGAACCAAUACAGUUCAUGCUUACAAAAUUGUGUGAACACACACAGUCUGAAGAAGAAGACUCCACAAAAGGAUGGGCCAUAUUUGGAGUAUCAUCUUGCAUAUUCAUUGUCUUAUCGACGCUGUUCUGUUGUGGAGGUUUUAUCUACAAGACACGUGUGGAACGACUGCAUGGUAUUGAUGCAUUGCCUGGCAUGACAAUUCUAUCUGCCUGCUUAGAAACCGUGAGUGGAGAAGGGCACAGCUACUCUCGACCAGAAGACCUUAAUAGUGCUUUUGCCAGUGAAGCUUCUUGGGAACGCCCUCCGGUUUCAGCUCGAGGAACGUGGAGACCGAGCGAAAGAAAAUAUGGGUCAGUUUGAAUUUUGCAUUGUUUGUCAUAGACAUCCAAGUUCUCACAAAUUUUUACUCCCCAGAAACCAAAAACCUUCUGCAACUUUUCUUUGUAUCAAAUCAAAAAACACGUUAGGAGUUGAAGCCAUAUAUGUUGUAGUCCUUUAAGAAACAAAGAAAUAUAUAUUUAUUGAUUUUCUAUAUAGUGUUUGUCCAAUAUUACAUCCA